GCUUAUAAGCGUUGCAUCUCAAUUGGACGGUCCUGAUGUGAGCCGAUACCCAGACCAAUCCAGUCCUCUAAAUAUAUCUUGCCGUCUUAGGGUUACAGUCGGACUCUGGGGACGGCGGCGGCGUACAGGAACGCAGAGUUGUGCAUCUCUUUGCUUUAUCUGGUGGUAUCCUAUUGCAUUCGAGGAAUGGCUGUCCCUCUGCUUACGAAGAAGAUUGUGAAGAAGCGCGUGAAGAAGUUCAAGAGGCCUCAGAGCGACCGCAAGAUAUGCGUGAAGGAAAAUUGGCGCAGACCCAAGGGAAUUGAUUCUCGUGUGAGAAGGAAGUUCAAGGGCUGCACCUUGAUGCCCAAUAUUGGUUAUGGCUCUGACAAGAAGACACGCCACUACCUUCCCAACAGAUUUAAGAAGUUUGUGGUACAAAAUGUUGCUGAUUUGGAAUUGCUAAUGAUGCACAACAGGACCUACUGUGCUGAAAUUGGGCACAGUGUUUCAACAAAGAAGCGCAAGUUGAUCGUCGAACGAGCUGCACAACUCGAUAUCGUUGUGACCAACAAGCUAGCAAGGCUUCGCAGCCAGGAGGACGAGUGAGCCAUUAGUUUAGUGGCAUAUCAUCUUGUCACCUCUACCAUGAAAUUUAGUUCUGAUAAGGUUAUCACAUUUUUAUCUCUAGGAGAUUCUCCUAAGAGUCAGUCUUGUUAAACUUGAUAACAAGAUUUUGACUUCUUUCUCUUAUUAUUAUUAUUUUCCAUGAACACAUUAAAUGGAGCUUCUAUUUUCCUAAAGCUAUAGUUUGUCAUGGUAGCUUGUUGACUGCUGUUCAAUAUUGUGCUGGCUGGGUCAAUAUAUGGUUUUGGUGGAAUCAA